UUCUUCUUCAUGGUUGUGAGCCAAACGAUGAUCACCGCCAAUGGACAAUUCAGCUCCGUGCCCUUGGAACUCACUCUCAUCGCGCGCGAUGAGCUGCCCAUGCAAAUUCUACUACCAAUGGUGUUCUUCCUCCCCGUAUACUUCAUGAUCGACAUUGGGCAUGGCGCGCUUGUGUACGUCUACCAACAAGUUAUGGUGAUUCUUGUCCACAGCGCCGCGGUGGGGUAUGGCUACAUGAUUUCAUGCAUUUGUCGGCGUGCUGAUAUCACCCCCAUCAUUGGAAUUGUUCUACGUAUGCCCAUGGUGCUGCUGGCUGGACUGCUCAUCAACUCGGAGGACAUUCCCGUCUGUCUCAUCUGGCUCGAGUAUCUCUCCCCUCUGUGGCCCAGUCAGGAGCACAAGUGCUGA